AAUCCCAAAUAAUUCAAAAUCCUUGUCAACGUUUGUGCACAGGCAACAGUUAAAAGUAUCAUUGUCAGAAGACUAUCUGUAAAAUAGAUACACAUUCAUGUGACUUCCAGUGUGUGAAUGCCCAGUGACAACUGAAGUAGCAGACAAAGAGAAAUCGAGGGAUAGAGAGAUACAGAGAGACACCAACUGUAAGAUCAGCGAAAGACAUAAAUGACAUAAAGGCCUGGCAGUGGCAGUGAAUGAGGAGGCUGCUGGGGAUUUCCAUGUUUAGACCCUGCUGACUACUGCUGCUGGCGUUCCCAGCCUCCUGAGAGAGCUACAGUACCGGGACCACCCCCCCACCCCCCUUAUCUCUCAGCUGCUCAACUGUUUUCAAGUGGUGCGACAUUAAAGGCUACAUCUGCUGAACAAUGCACACCAUGCAGAGGAGUCCCCGCUCCGCCGCGGAUAUAGCUGCUCAUCAGAAUCACACGAGCGAAGCAAAGUCGUCUAAUAACUUUGAGGCCCUAGGAUGCCAUGAGCAGCUGGAUCCAAAGGACAGCCAGGACUCUGAGGACCCCAGAGAAUACUGUUAUGGGGGUUACCACCCUGUCCAGAUAGGUGACACCUUCAACAGAAGAUACCAGGUGGUGUCCAAACUGGGCUGGGGCUAUUUCUCCACUGUCUGGCUGUGUCUGGACCUCAGGCUAGGGCGGCGCGUUGCUGUGAAGGUGCUGAAGAGCGGAGCUGGCUUCACUCAAGCAGGACAGGAUGAACUUGCUCUCCUACGAUGCGCUAGUGGUCCUACGAGUCGGCAUCCCUCCAGUCAAAGGAUCGUUCAGCUGCUAGAUGAGUUCAAGCUGGCCGGGGUCAACGGGGUCCACAUGUGCCUGGUGCUGGAGCUGUUGGGGCCUGACCUGAGAGAAUGGCAGCUAUGUUUUGGAAAUCCUGGACUGACGCGGCCUUCGGUCAAACACAUACUCACUCAGGUUCUGCAGGGCCUGGACUAUCUUCACGCUCAGUGUAAAAUCAUCCACACAGACAUCAAGCCUGAGAACAUCCUGCUGUGUCUGGAGGAGCAGUCCCACAAAGUACCAGUACCAGCAGGGUUGAGCAACCCCUCCUCUCUACUGACUAGGAAAGACGCCAAUUCCAUAGAGAAGGAGCAAUUGAACCCACACAGUUUAAAGGAAAUUACAGUGAAGAUUGCUGACCUGGGCAGCUCCUGCUGGGUGUACAAACAUUUCUGUGAGGAGAUUCAGACUCGUCAGUAUCGCUCACUGGAGGUUUUACUGGGAUCUGAGUAUGGCCCGCCUGCUGACAUCUGGAGUGUCGCCUGCAUGGCCUUUGAGUUGCUCACUGGAGACUCCCUGUUUGAACCCAAAGCUGCCGAGUCCAUUUCCCUGGAGGAAGACCAUAUAGCCCAGAUCAUGGAGCUGCUUGGUAAAAUCCCACCAGCUGUUGCCUUCUCUGGUAAAUACUCUGCCGAGUACUUCAGUCGCAGAGGUGACCUUCGUCGUGUCGGUCCACUGAGGUUCUGGAGACUCUACGACGUUCUGGUGGAGAAAUACCACUUCUUCUUGGAGGACGCCACUGGUUUCUCAGACUUCCUUCUUCGCAUGUUGGAUUACCAUCCGGAGAGGAGGGCCACUGCUGCACAGUGCCUCCGCCACCCAUGGCUGACCUCUUGAUAGCCUCCUAAAGGCCGUACAGGCCUCGUCCCCAUCUGCAGUCCUCACAACCAGAUGCUGUCAGCAGUUCGACCUGGCCAAUUUCUGAACACACCAGCCUUAAACUCAAUCAGUCAGAUGUUGAGUUUUUUUUAUACUACGAGGAGCUAUAUAGAAGACUCUUUGUAUUUCCCUCAAUGAUUUGUAAAUUCCUGUGGAAUGUGCUGUUGUCCUUAUUCAACACCAGAUCGAGAAUAGGAUGCACUUUUCCACUGGAGCCCAUUACGCACUUAAUGCUACUAAGGCAGGGUUUUUUUUUUGUUACUGUAAGUCAUUGACUGUCAGACCCUUGAGUCAUAUAAUACCCCAUUUCUACCCAAAUGUGUGUGUAAAUGUGGGUAUUUUAAACACCAGUAAACCUGCUAAAUAAUAGCAGAUGGACUCCUUUCCCAUUGCCAGUAGAUGAGUAUGCAUGUCUAUUUUGUGUGUGUCAUGUCCAAUGUCAAGAUUGCGCUGGAAAAAAGCUGUUAACUUUUCCUUCUGCAGCUUUCCUAUACGUUGCACAUAACUGCAAACUCUGCUGUACAUUCACAUGAUAACUUCUCUACUAAACUUAAACUUUCCUCCAAGGAAAGCUGAUUGUUACAUUUUACCACUGCAAAAAGCCAGAUGUUAGUGGGUGUAAGUGGGUUUUUUGGCCAUUGAAAAGUAGUAUAAGUAGCAUCGGUUUUGAGGAGGAUAUAAUUCUGUAUUGUCUCUUGCUACACUGAAAGGGAAGUUGCCAAUUUGACUAAAAUUUUGAUUAGAGUUAUUAUUCAUUGUGAAUGUUAAUGAUUAAAAUGAUAAAAAAACAUCAUUGGCUUUACAUUGUAUGUACUUUAAAGUUGCUUUUCUUUCUGUUUACCUUUUGUACAGUGUAAUGUGCAGCCAGAUUAAUUGCAGUGCAAAUAUACAGUAAGUCACGUUAA